AUGUAUGCUCGCGGCACGAACACGAUCUGGGUAUCGGAUGAAGAGAGCAUUGCCGGUCCAGCGAAAGACGGAGUGACCGCGCUCGGUGCCCAUAGCGGCGACCCUCGUCCGCACGACACCAGGAGAACGACGCUGCAGAGUUGCCUGGGCAAGCACGCACAGAGUGGGCGGUCUUCGGAUCGCUCGGAGUCCGAGGAGCGGUCCCGGGGCCUUACCGCUGCAGGCCACACUUGA